UAUCCGUCCGCGGCGCCACGGUAAGGCCCUUUUCCGUCUCAGAGAAGUGUGGUUCGGAGCGGCAGAAACGAUGACUGACUGGGAGACUGCCCCAGCUGUGGCUGAGACUCCAGAGAUCAAGCUCUUUGGCAAGUGGAGCACCGAUGACGUCCAGAUCAACGACAUCUCCCUGCAGGAUUACAUUGCGGUGAAAGAGAAGUAUGCCAAGUACCUGCCACACUCUGGAGGACGUUACGCCGCCAAGCGUUUCAGGAAGGCCCAGUGUCCCAUCGUGGAGCGUCUGACCAACUCCAUGAUGAUGCACGGACGCAACAACGGCAAGAAGCUGAUGACCGUGCGCAUCGUCAAGCACGCCUUCGAGAUCAUCCACCUGCUGACUGGAGAGAAUCCUCUGCAGGUGUUGGUCAACGCCAUCAUCAACAGUGGACCUCGUGAGGACUCCACCCGUAUCGGGCGCGCCGGUACCGUCAGGAGGCAGGCCGUGGACGUGUCGCCCCUCCGCAGAGUCAACCAGGCCAUCUGGCUGUUGUGCACAGGAGCAAGAGAAGCUGCUUUCAGGAACAUCAAGACCAUCGCUGAGUGUUUGGCUGAUGAGCUGAUCAACGCAGCCAAGGGUUCUUCUAACUCUUACGCCAUCAAGAAGAAGGACGAGUUGGAGAGAGUCGCCAAGUCCAACCGUUAAACAUGUUCGCUGUCAGACAAAACUAAUAAAUUUGGGAAAAUUUCAA